ACAUCAAAAUUGGCCGUUGAAGGCAGCAAGGCACACCCCCACCGCGCUGUAGAUGAAACAAGGUCCUUGUGUCAGCCAUGUGGCCACGGUAUUCACUUAUAUAUAAUGAUGUAUGCUGUCUUUGUCGUUCCCACCAAUUUUUAAUGCGCGCAUCACCUCGAUCAGGCCAACCAUUGGCGUCCAGAUGCCGCUGCGUCCAGGACGUCCGCUCUCCCUAUCUCCUCUACUCUCCUAAGCCUCCUUCGUUAAAUGGCAGAGCCGAGGAAGGGCAAGCAGACAUACAUGCAAAGCAGCCAUGGCUACCCUCCACAUGUUCCUCGGCCUCCUCCUCCUCUCCAUGCACACUAUUCCUCCUAGCAUAGCCACAAAACACGAUACUCUCGCGCCAGGCCAGCCAUUUGCCGUCGGCGACAAGCUCGUCUCCAGCAACGGCAAGUUCGCGCUUGGCUUCUUCCAGCCCGGUGCCGGCAACAGCAGCAAGUCAUCCACCUCUCCACAUUGGUACCUUGCCAUAUGGUUCAACAAGAUCCAUGUCAUCACUCCCGUCUGGGUCGCAAACCGGGAGACGCCAAUCGCCGGACCCGAUCUGAGAGCAACACAGCUUCAAGUCUCAGAAGAUGGCAACCUUGUCGUCUUAAACAACGCCACCCAAUCCGUUGUCUGGUCCACCAACAUCACCAAUGCUAGAACCAACACCAACAUCUCCAAUGCUAGAACCAACACCAGCAACACGAGGGCCAUCCUCUUGGGCAGUGGAAACCUCGUCAUAGAAAGCCUGUCAAGUGAGGUGCUGUGGCAGAGCUUCGACGACCCAACCGACGUCCUGCUCCCAGGCGCCAAGAUCGGCUGGAACAAGGUCACCGGCCUGAACCGUCUCGGCAUCUCGUGGAAGAGCCGGAUCGAUCCGGGCCUCGGCUCCUUCAGCGUGGGACUGGUAACCAAUGGCACAAGGAUGGUGACCGCCAGGCGUCGAGGCUACCCUUCCGAAGUGUACUGGUGGUGGUCGCCUGACGACCACUCGUCGAUGCAGAUCCCAGCAAUCACGAAGCUGCUGCAAAUGAGCCCACAGACCAGCAUGGUUGUCCCAGAAUACGUCAACAACAGGGAGGAGGAGUACUACAUGUACACCUCAUCAGAUGAGAUCUCUUCGUUCCUCUUCAUGGACGUGUUUGGUCAGGCCAGGCUGAACGUGUGGUCGCAAGACAACCAGGCAUGGCAUAGCAUCUACGUCAACCCAGCCGAUCCCUGCACCCCAUACGCCGCCUGCGGACCAUUCACCGUCUGCACCGGCAGCUCGCACCCGCCAUGCGAGUGCAUGGAGAGCUUCUCCAGAACGUCGCCUCAGGAUUGGGAGCUCGGUGACCGGACAGGAGGGUGCUCCAGAAACACUCCGCUGGAUUGCAAUGGCAACAGGAGUUCCACAGACGUGUUCCAACCCAUAGCUCGUGUGACAUUACCCUAUGGUCCCCAGAGUUUACAGCAUGCUCCUGCAAAUCGGAGCGAAUGCGAAUGGGCCUGCCUCACCAACUGCUCCUGCACUGCUUACUCCUACCAUGACAGCAAAUGCUCUGUUUGGCAAGGGGAGUUGUUCAGUGUAAACAAGGAUGAUGGCAUCGAGAUCAGCUCUGAAUAUACUCUGUACAUUCGCCUUGCUGCGGGAGAUGUUCCAAGUUCAACAAGAGAUAGUAAAAGAAAACCAGCAGCUGGAGCUGUUAUUGCUGCAAGCGUUAUCAGUUUUGGGUUGCUGAUGCUCAUGCUGCUACUGGUGAUCUUAAGGAACAGAUUCAACUGGUGUGGUAUGUCAUCACAGGCCACCAAUCAAGGUAAUGUUGGAGUUGUUGCCUUUAGAUACGCCGAUUUGGGCCGUGCUACAAAGAAUUUCUCAGUGAAGCUAGGAGCAGGAGGUUUUGGGACUGUAUUUAAGGGAGUUCUAAGUGACCUGACUAGUGUAGCAGUGAAAAGGCUUGAAGGUGCGCGUCAGGGAGAGAAGCAAUUCAGGGCAGAGGUAAGUGCACUUGGACUGAUCCAGCACAUCAACCUGGUCAAAUUGGUUGGUUUCUGUUGUCAUGGUGAUAAGAGGCUGCUUGUAUAUGAACACAUGUGCAAUGGUUCUCUUGAUUCCCAUCUGUUCCAAAGCAAUGGUACAGUCCUCAACUGGAGCACCAGAUAUCAGAUAGCCAUCGGAGUUGCUAGAGGAUUGUCCUACCUGCAUCAGAGUUGCCGCGAAUGCAUCAUACACUGUGAUAUCAAGCCAGAAAAUGUACUUCUCGAUGAAUCGUUUGUCCCUAAAAUUGCAGACUUUGGGUUGGCAUCGGUCAUAGGAAGGGAUUUUAGCCGGGUUCUAACUACAUUCAGGGGAACUACAGGGUAUCUUGCCCCAGAGUGGCUUAGCGGGGUUGCUAUUACAUCAAAAGUCGAUGUUUACAGCUUUGGCAUGGUACUGAUAGAAAUCAUAUCGGGAAGAAGGAAUGCGUCUGUUGUGCACACUAGCAGCAACGACCAUGUCACUUUUUUCCCUGUGCAAGCCAUCAACAAGCUUCAUGAGGGAGAUGUGCAGAGCUUGGUAGAUCCAGAAUUACAUGGUGACUUUAACUUGGAUGAGGUUGAAAGAGUUUGCAAUGUAGCAUGUUGGUGUAUCCAGGAUAAUGAGCUGGAGCGGCCAACAAUGGGUGAAGUGGUCAGAGUUCUUGAGGGUCUAAUGGAGCUUGAUAUGCCUCCGAUGCCAAGACUGCUUGCGGCUAUAACAACAUAAUGCUCUGAUGUCACUUCGAUGUAAUAAUUCUAACUAUUUGUAUUGUGUAUGCUACCUUUAUUUGCUUCAGCAAAUUUUAUGGUUCUCGUUUGGACGUGUAAUAGCUCAAAGGUCAUAUAAUAUUAUAAAUAAUUUCUUUCCUGCAUCUUAUAGUUCAUUUGAUCUCUA